ACCACGGAUGACCAUUCUGAAGGGGACAGCUCAGCCUUCGAGUGCAAUAUUUGCCUGGAGCUAGCAAAAGAGCCUGUGGUAACUCUUUGCGGGCACCUUUUCUGCUGGCCGUGUCUGUACAGGUGGAUGCAAGUACAGGCGUGCAGCAGGGCGUGCCCAGUUUGCAAAGCGGGAGUGGAAAUCGAUAAGGUGGUGCCAAUAUACGGGCGAGGUUCCGAGCCGGCGAGCAAGGUGCAGGAGGCGGUCAAGCCUGUGCCGCCACGGCCAGCUGGGCAGCGUCCUGUUCCA